AUGGCGGCUGGGCACUUCGCCGCCACAACCCCCAACCCCAUCCGUCUCAUCCAAUCCUCAUACCUCCUCGCAAAACCCAACCCAACUAUCUUCUCCCCACCUUCGAAUCUUCGCCACCAAAAAUCAGCACUUCAUUAUAGGGCUCGAAGGAAGCUCUGUUUCACUGUCUAUGUCGUCAUGGAGGACCAAAAGCAGAGUACCCAUCUCGAGAAUUGCACAGAAAAAGCCCAAGAGGCUGCUGAUUCUCAGAUCCCAAUUGUAAUUCCGUCCGUACGUGUGGCUGAGAAGUUGUCCAGGAAGAAAUCGGAGAGGUUCACUUAUCUUGUUGCUGCUGUGAUGUCCAGCUUUGGUAUUACUUCCAUGGCUGUCAUGGCUGUUUAUUACAGAUUUUACUGGCAAAUGGAGGGUGGGAAUGUGCCUUUGUCUGAAAUGUUGGGUACAUUUGCUCUAUCCGUUGGUGCUGCUGUGGGAAUGGAGUUUUGGGCAAGAUGGGCUCAUAAAGCUCUCUGGCACGCUUCUUUAUGGCAUAUGCACGAGUCUCACCACCGACCCAGAGAAGGUCCAUUCGAGCUUAACGAUGUGUUUGCUGUAAUUAACGCUGUUCCAGCUAUAGCCCUCCUCAAUUAUGGUUUCUUCCACAAAGGCCUUGUUCCUGGCCUAUGUUUUGGUGCUGGUCUUGGAAUUACGGUGUUCGGCAUGGCGUAUAUGUUUGUCCACGAUGGUUUAGUUCAUAAAAGAUUCCCAGUGGGUCCCAUAGCCAACGUGCCCUAUUUGAGAAAGGUUGCUGCUGCUCAUCAGCUCCACCACUCAGAGAAAUUCGAGGGUGUGCCAUAUGGGCUGUUUCUGGGUCCCAAGGAACUUGAAGAGGUGGGAGGCCUCGAAGAGUUGGAAAAGGAGAUCGGAAGGAGAAUCAAAGCGUACAAGGGAUCGUAA